AUGUCGCCUCCUCAUACUGUCCUCACUCAGUUGGAAGGUGAAUUGGAACCACAGCUGUGUCCUCACUGCAAGGUCUCAGCACAGUCUUCCUCUCUCCCCUCUGUGUGCCCAGGACUCUGGGGCCUGGUGAAUAAUGCUGGCAUCUCUGUGCCCACGGCACCCAAUGAGUGGCUGACCAAACCGGACUUCGUAAAGAUACUCAAUGUGAACCUGUUGGGGGUGAUCGAGGUGACCCUGAGUCUGCUGCCCCUGGUGAGGAAGGCAAAGGGCCGAGUGGUCAAUGUCUCCAGUGUCAUGGGUCGUGUAGCCUUGUACGGUGGAGGCUACUGCAUCUCUAAGUACGGCGUCGAGGCCUUCUCCGACUCCCUCAGGAGGGAGCUCUCCCACUUUGGGGUGAAAGUGGCUAUCAUUGAGCCAGGUUACUUCAAGACUUUUGUGACCAGUUCUGCGGUGAUUUCUAGGAGCUUCCAAGACGCAUGGGAUAGGGCCAGCCCAGAGGUCAAGGAGGCCUAUGGGGAGAGGUUUCUGGCACGCACCCUGAAAGCAAUUGGAUCGUGGAAUAAAUUGGGCACACAAGAUCUGUCCUUGGUGACGAACUGCAUGGAACAUGCUCUGACCGCCUGCCAUCCCCGCACCCGAUACUCACCUGGCUGGGAUGCCAAGCUCAUCUACCUUCCCAUGAGCUACAUGCCCACCUUCCUGGUGGAUGCCAUGAUCAACUUGUGCAACCCAAGACCUGCUAAGGCCAUGUGACCCAAGAUUGUGGUGCAUAGUAGGGGGGAAUUGGGUACUGUGUGAGGGAGAAGAUGCAUCUGUAGAGAGAAGUACGGAGCAUUUUUGCUCACAUACUCAAA